UUCAUCCUCCGUCCAUCACAGAAAGCCAUGAUGUUAAAUUCAGACCAGACAGAGAUAGAUCUCCAGCCGACACAUUCGGAAACUGAGUCGGUCUUUAGCGACUGUGGGGGUGGAGGGGGCCGUGGGGUCGGGGCGGAAGAGGCCGGCGCUCUUGGCCUUUGCAGCCAGUCCAGGGUAGUUGAGUCUGGUGAUACCAUGAAAAAAGACCUUCAGCACCUGAGCCGGGAGGAGCGGCGGCGGCGGAGGCGUGCCACAGCCAAGUACCGGACGGCCCACGCCACGCGGGAGCGGAUCCGGGUUGAGGCCUUCAACAUGGCUUUCGCAGAACUUCGCAAACUCCUGCCUACACUUCCUCCGGAUAAGAAGCUCUCCAAGAUCGAAAUCCUACGGCUAGCAAUCUGCUACAUCUCGUACCUCAACCAUGUGCUGGAUGUCUGAAUAGCUGGGGCUGCAGCUGUCUUCCAGGGUUGGACACCACUGACUC